AUGCAAUCAGCCAAGUUCAUUCCAAAAUUCAUGUUCCAAGGAGCAGUUGCAAAACCUUGGUACAAUGCAGAAAAAGAAGUCAUUUUUGAUGGGAAAAUAGGCAUUUUUCCAUUUGUAAAAAAGGAGCCAGCACUUAGGUCCUCAAAAUACAGGAAAAAGGGAGAAAUGGUCACAAAGGUAAUUGAUCCAAUCAACAGGGAUGUCUCAAGGUGGAUGUUGAUUGAAAAAGUCAUUCCAACAAUUAUGGAAAAAUGGCCUCACACAGGUCAACACAACACAAUCUACAUUCAGCAAGAUAAUGCAAAGGCACAUAUUACUCAAGAUGAUGCAGUUUGGAAAGAACAUUGUGAACAACCAGGGUUCACUUUUAUAUUAACUCAGCAACCACCAAACAGUCCAGACAUGAAUGUUCUGGAUUUGGGCUUUUUUAGAAGCAUUCAAUCACUUCAACACAAGAAAAUGGCAAAGACACCAGACCAGUUGAUAAAAGCUGUUGAAGAUGCAUUUAGUGAGCUACCUCAUAAUAGGCUGUUCAAGGUGUGGGUAACUUUGUGCCACACAAUGAACCAAAUUCUGAAAAGUAAAGGUUCUAACAGAUUUCAACCUCCACAUGUUAACAAAGAUAGGCUGGAAAGAGAGGGAAGGCUAAAAGAUCCUAUAGAAGCUCCUAUGUGGGCUGUGAUUGGUGCAUGGGAGAGAGUGUACAUGGACAAGCCAGACUCAAAUGAUGAGCAAGACACUGAAGAGGUCAACAUUGACAACACACAAGCAAUUGAAGAGCACAACACACAAGAAAGACCAAACACAGAGGCAUAUAGGCCUGUUAUGGUAAAUGAUCAUGAAGCAUCUACUUCAAAUGCCAAUGCAGAGUAG